AUGACGCUCGCCAACCGGGGCGGCUGCUGGCAGGCACUGGUCCAGUUCCGCGAGGCGGCAGCUGCGGCAGUCGCAAAGCAGUACCUUGACGGUUACGCCAUGUACCCUGGAGGGGCAAACAAGAUCCAAUUGGAGUUCUCCAUGCAGAGAGACCUGCACGUGGCUGAGGACGACGAGUACGGGUGGGACUGGACGCGCGCGGAAGUCGCCACGGCUGCAGCGGCGAGGCAGGCGGCGGCCACGGCGGCGGCGGCGGCGCGAGAGGCAGCGGCGGCCGCGGAAGUCGCCGCGGCGGCGGCGGCGGCGGGGGGCGCAGUUGCGGCAGCUGCGGCGCGGGAGGCGGCAGCGGCAGGCUCAGAAGAGGCGGUGGUGGCUGCGGUGCUGGGGCAGCAGACGCCUCGCGGCAGCAGCGAGCAGGGGCAUGUAGAGCCUAUCACAGGAGCGGACUACGUACGCGCUCACGAGGAGGUGGUCCGGAUUGCAGUUGAAGCAGCGGGGAGCGACGCUGGCGGCAUUGGCGCUGGCACGGCCAGCACAGCGGCGGCGAUCUGUGGCAGCAGAUCGCCAUCAUAA